AGUGCACCUCCCAACAGUGGCAUCGUAUAUCCUCUGUGCACUUCUUUUGUUUCAUCAACAACCUCGUUGCUUGCUUAAUUACACGAUUAGAAGUUUUAUCGAGCAUACAAACCUCCAAACCGUCCGUGAGAAGAAAAGAAUAGCCACUUCAUCAAAGACAAGAACCAUACAGAUGGGCCACUUUCUCACAACAACGCGUUCUCUUCUGCUCUUUUCCCUCUGCAGCGCAGGGCUAUUUUGCAGAGGCGCUCUCGCACUCUCGCUGGGCAACAAGAAGGAUCCCGUUCCGGGCCGAAAGAAAGACAGCAGCAGUCGCGGAACAGGAGUGGCGUUCCAGAAGAUAUUACCAGGCAAAAAGCAGAAGUUAUUUCGGAAAAACAGUGAUGUUGAUUCGGAUGCCGUUACCGGUUCCGCCCCAGAAAGUCGUUCUCUUCUGGAAGAGAAGGAGCACUGCAGCGGGGGUGGGGAGAGUUCUCCAGAUCCUACUCCCAAGCCCGCUCCGUCCGCGGGCGCACAAGGCGGCGCUGCGCUGGAAAGUCAGGCGGUGAACAAGGGAGACGCAGACGGGAAGAACGGUGCCGCGGCGCCGACUACAGCGGCGCCGUUGUCCGGACCGGGGGCAGUCCCGGUGCCGCCGGAGGAGUGAGCAAGGGUUUAUUGAGGAUGCUUAUCUAUAGUCUAGCACUUGCAUAAUAAGUCUGAACCGUCCUGCUCAUACUCGAAAAAGAUGUAUAAACAGAAUAGGUAAUUUUAUGUACCACUUCUACUACCAGCACCUCCAUCUCGUAAGUUGUGUGUUUGGUCGCGAUAGUAACAGGAAAGAAUUUAGAUACCCCGGAUGAAGAACUGCACAAACCCCAUUUUUCACCUCGUGUCACUUGACUAGUGCUUUGACUGGUCUGAGGUUUCAUCUUUUUCCUGCUUGUUUUUGCUAUGUCUAGUAAUUGAAUGCUUUUGUGGAAGUGAUUGUGAUGUACAACUCAACAGGAACAAGCUCAAGAAGUGUGACACGCUAGUAACGGGCCAGCUGUAUUUUGAAGGUACAUCUCCAUCGCCGGUAGAAAAUCGGAUUUUUAUGAUUGUAGUAGAUUUCGCACUCAACAGCCACAGGAUUACCCUUUUCCCACCAUUCGAAAAAUUUGCUGAGGAAGGUCGCGCGUCAAGUCGUUGUGGGCGCGAGCGGAGCGGGGCUUGACUGUGUUCCGUGUUCCUCUAGUGUAACCCUGUCGAAGAGCAGCCAUCACGAGAAAGCCCUGCUUUCGUGCACCCCUCCAGCAUCGUCGAAGAGGCAGGUUUUGGACAUUUGGCUUCUUGUUGUUUCAACUAGUACAUGCUUCUCGCCAGAGACGCAGGUUCUGGUAGCAGGUCCCCGUAGCAUAGUAUUCAUUUCCCGGAGCUUUUCCAUCUUUCCAAGCGUACUUGUUUCGGCUUAUCCAGCAUGUGCAUUUUCGUUACAUCGAUCAGCAUUUUCUCCAGCUUCCAAGCAAAAAAUACCAAAAAAUAUCUUACAAAGUUACACCCUUUUUUUGAUUUAUUUUACCGCCCAGGAAACAUGUUCUAAAGUCCAUCAGGCACCCGCACCACUCGUAGAUCUGCAUGGACGAAAGACCUUUGGGCGUACGGUAAAACUUUUAGGCGACGAGCAAGCGCGUUGCUCUUCCAACUUCCCACUCAAGUUUUACUUUUUUCGUGAAAAAUCCGCAAAAAAACAAAAAUAUUACACAUCCAAAAAAAUAUAAACAAAAAACGAGCUUGCUGCUACAUGUCUAAUUUGAACCUUGACAUCGUUCGUGAUCCGCGUUCGAUUAUUAAAAGGAGACGAUCGUCGUUUGCAGGAGCGGCCUACCUGUGGCUGCAUUCACCUGUAGCGCUAGCUGUAUCUCCACUGUAGGAAACCAAUAGCGUGCUUCGGAUGGAUACAUGGGUACGGAAGUCACCUCUUAACUCGCUUCGCAAAGUAGAUUAUGGUGAAGAUAGCAUUUUUCAGUGCAAACCACGAGCAAGAUGAUUCUAAGACUGCACCGGGUUGAAAACCACGAAAAAAUAGCCUACCUUUCAGAGGAAUUACAUUUAUCAAAGCAUUAAUAUCAGCCAUCUACCUAAUCGAGGCAGUGCUUUAAAAAGAUUUGCUUCAUCACCUCCUCUGGCAGACCCCUGCCGGGGCCAGACCGAGGGAAGCUGCCAAUAAACUUGCGACCUCGAAGGGGUGAAUCUGAUUUGGAGUGUACAAUAUUUUUUUGGGAUAUCACAAGGAA